UGAUAUUUCCAAGGAGCACUUGAAAGCAACAUCAUUGCUGCUGCAGCUGUGUGCUGGGAGGUGGGUGGUCAGGGCCGUCCCCGUCAAAUAAUAACCUCAGAAUGAAACACUAGCUAGCUCCGUGGCCGGUUAGUGCGAGUGCACAUUUAUUUAUCUAUUACCUUGUAACAUAUCGUUUUUCUAAACAUGGAAGACGACUGUGCGUGUGAUUACGACUCGACCUGGGACACAGAGAGUGAUGGAGAAGACCCGGCCGGAGAGAGCCGAACCUAUCGGACAAGUCAAGACAAAAACAAAUCUUGGUCUUGUAAUAUAUGGCAUACACACAGAAAUAUGAGGGCAGCAAAGGACAUGCAGAACUACAGAAGAGGAUACCCAAAUCUUACAGAUGAUGAAGGCUCAGAGGAUAAAAUGAACAACUUGCAGUUCUACCUCAAUAAAUUCCCCUCUGUUCCUGAUGAUGUCUACAUUGAAUCAUUUCAUAAAGAAUGGAAAAAUGACUACAAAAAACUGGAGCGAGUUCACUCAUACAUUCAGUGGUUGUUUCCACUAAGAGAACCAGGAGUUAAUUACAUGGCUUCAGAACUCACCAAGAAGGAGAUUGAGGCCUUCAAGCAAAAUGAUGAUGCCAAAAGGAGACUAGUGGAGUCCUAUGAACUCAUGCUGGGAUUCUAUGGCAUCCGUUUGGUCAACAAAAACACAGGCGAAGUGAGACGAGCAGAGAACUGGAAGGAGCGCUUUGGAAACCUUGAGCGGAACAUGCACAACAACCUUCGCAUCACUCGCAUCCUGAAGAGCCUGGGAGAGCUCGGCUUUAAGCACUAUCAGGCUCCACUCGUGCAAUUCUUUCUUGAAGAGACUCUGGUUAAGAAAACUCUCAGUAGUGUCAAACGCAGCGUGCUUGAUUACUUUCUGUUUGCUGUCCUGGAUAAGAAGAAGCGUAAAGAACUUGUGCGCUUUGCCUUUUUUCACUUUGAGCCAAAAGAGAAGUUUGUGUGGUGUCCCAGAAAGGUUCAGAAACAAUUUAAAAAUCCUGAGAAAAAAGGUAAUGAGGACGUCUGUUCACAAGCUCAAGGCAAAGAUGGAGAAACGGCCGUUCAACAAAAAGAUGAUGGAAUGGAUAUGGUUAUGAAAGUUCAGAAAGAUGCAGAUAACAUCGCAGAUGUGGACAAAAGCAAACUGUCUGAGGAGUCAUGUGAGCAAAAGACUGAAGCUGGCAUAGCUGGAAAUCAAACUGCAGAGGCUGACUCAAAAUACAAAAUUUUAGAAAAUGGAAAUGACUGCCAUGAUGAUGUGGCCGACAUGGAUCAGUCACCGGGUCCUGACGAUGUGACUGUGAAAAAUGAAACUGCUGCAGACAGUGAGAGUGGCAUUACCGACAAUGCAAAAGACCCCGUCCAGGAAUCAUGCGGCGUUAUGGCAACAGAUGGUGAUAUCGACACUGAAAAACCACCAAAGAAGAAGAGAGACGACAAGGUGCUGCCAUCCAAUGGCUACACCGAGGACAGAAUAGGAAAUGGAUUUGUGAAAGUAGGCGAUCAAACGGGCCAUGCAGUGCAAACUCCACUUAAAACGUCGAAACACUCGCCCUCUCUUUCUUUGGGCAGGGAAGAAAAAAUACCCAGAACGGAAUUUAAUCAAGUGCCAGAUAAAAAAGAAGAGGAACAAAUGAUGACAACAGACGUUUCAUUAACAAACGGGGCGAGCGAAGCUGCUGAAUGUGUCGACGAACCAACACACGAGGACUCCGAGGCCGUGGAUAUGGAAUCAAACUCUUCAGGCUCAGAGAAAAUUGUGGAUAAUUCAUGAGUAAUCAAAAAUAGAUUGAUAGGAGAAAAUGUUUUACUGAUCUUUAAUUAACUGUAAAGCUUCAGUGUGAUUAAACAGUCAGGCUUCUUUCUGCUGCAUUUAUUAGAUUGGCUGAAUUCGCUUUAAAUGAGCAUAUGAAUUAAUUUGCUCACUGGAUGUGACACGUUCUACAUGACGAAUUAAGAUGUCAAGGUAGUUACAAUGGUAUGAUUGUCAUUUAUAAAUCAUUGGUUGUUUGGAUCAGCAAUUUCAGUUAAAUAUAUCAUAUAGCAGACAAACAAUGAUAUUUGAGAAGUGAAAUGAAGUUUUU